CGUGGUCGAGUCUGGACGAUCAGAUGAUCAAGAAAGAAAAAAGAAAGCUUCAGUUUGACAAUGGAGUGGCUGCUGUACUAUGAUGCUCUGGCCAUUGUGUACGUGCAGGACGCGUUCUACCGUCUGCCCUACAUGGAAACCCUGGCCGUGUCCGUAACGAAGCUGGGAGACCCGCGGUACGCUUACAUGGUCGUGUUCCCUGUAAUUUUCUGGUGCCUGGGGCCAGUUGCAGGGUUUCACGUGAUCCUGGCAGCCAGCGCCGCGGAAUGGUGUAACAUUGUCCUCAAAUGGUUGUUGCUAGGCAACCGGCCGUAUUGGUGGGCGUGGCAUCACACAGAUUGGCCGCACCUCCUGCACCAGAGUCCAGUGACGUGCGAGACAGGACCAGGCAACCCUAGUGGUCAUGUGAUGAUCACGCUGGUGGUAUUGUUGACGUGUCUUGAUCACGUGGAGAGGGGAGGGAGGAGGAAGAGGUUUCAGCAAGUGGUGUGGGUGGCUGUGUGUGUGAUUGGGGUCUCACGUCUCCUCAUUUCCUCACACUUCCUCCACCAGAUACUCUGUGGACUACUGUUUGGUGUCCUAAUCCAUGCUGCCAUAAGCCGUCAUCUUUCCACCCUCCUGCAUUCCUCCCCAAACUCCAAGUUCUGUGCAAUGAUGGGUGUAGCAGUUGUCAUGCUGUCUCUGGCCCUAUUCCUGUUCCAUUCCUGGACAAGACUGGGAAUGGACCCAGGCUUCUCCAUUCCUCUAGCCAAAAGCAAGUUUAACCCUCAGGUUCUGUGCGGAUAGUCGAUGGGUCAAACUGAACACAACUCCGUUCUUCUCUCUCAUGAGAUCUGCCGGGACUGUAGUGGGUGUGGCCCUAGUAACUGCACUUCGACCUCCAUCUGAAAGGCAGCGGACUCUCCACCCACUGGUUGGACUGUUGAUAAGUGCUCUUCUGAUUGGAUGCCUGGAGAUGGUUCCCAUGACGACAGAAAUCACAACAUUCUACGUCCAGUCUUUGUGUAUGUGUGCAAUGAUCCCGCUGACUGUUGGAACUGUACAUUUCCUCAUCAGCAGAUGAGUCACUGCUCUCUUUAUAAUCACACCACCAUUAAUUUGGUUUCUAAGGAUGUUUGAUAAAAUUAUUAUU